CCAAGUUCGAAUUGUAGGGCACGCGACGAGUCGAGAGAAGAGGGUACCAUCAGAAGGCAAAGGUUGGUUUUAUUUUGCCAUCGAAUCGGCAAAACCAAAACAAAUUCCAUCACGGCCAUUGGAACACUAUCGGUUUGAUGUUCUAUCGGAAAAUUGGUGCGCACUUAGGCCUCGCGUUUAUAUUUUUGCUUUUCAAUUAUCAGUGAAAUAAUAGGGUUGCGUUUUGUGCGAAAGUUGUGAUUCGUGGACAAGUUUUCAUUGAUUAGAUAUCUAUAGAAUCAGUGGGGUCCGCAGAGGGUGGAUUCAAUCUAGAAGUUUAGAAAGAAAAGAAUACAAUUUACAAGUACAAUUUGUUUCUCAGCAUUACAUAUUUUUGGAUUUUGAUCUCAUUGAGUGCUAGACCUUCCAUCAUCAAUUACGUUCCGAUAGCAACACCUAUUUUCUGUGCUUGCAAAGUGCACUCUCGGAACGUGUGAAAUCUGUGUGUGAAUUUAUACGACAAACAAAGUGUUCCUGUCGGGAUCUGAUAUUUUUCAGCUAAAGAGGGCUGAUUUCAUUAUUAGUUCACUUCGCGAGUGAUAGUGCAUACAAAUCAUCGAAGAUAUUAUUUCAAUCAAAUUUUGAAGUUAGUUGUGAACGGUGCCCAUCACGUGAGAAUUGCAUCCUCAGUAUGAAAGGCUACGGUUCAACUCAACCACAAGGUCACCAACAGCCGAGUGUCGUGUCGGAAUGGGAGGACAACGUCUUGUUCGAUUCGGACGAUCCGGAUUUUUCCGGAGAAUCCGGAGCGAACUGUGUGGUUUCCACCCUACCGGACGGACUUGGGCGGUCAACAACCUGCUUCAACAUCGGUACCACCCACGUGCCCGCUAAUAUGCCACUGUUUCUCAAAGUUCAACCAUCCACGAUGUCGGUUGCUAGCGUACAAGCCCCCCAUCUGGCCGAACUGUGUUCGUCGCUAAGUCGCACCAGUCUGAGUCUAUCAUCCUCCCUUUCGGACCUAGUUGGAAGCCCUUCGCUUCCCAGCUCGGCAGCGGUGGCCGCGGCCUCCUUCGAAGUCUGCUCCGAAGCCGUGCUCACCAUCGAAGACCUGCGGGCCCAGCUCGGCUCGUGCUUCACCUGCGGAGUGCUGUGGGCCGACCAGCAAGUGUCCCUCGAUUGCUCCGAGUGCGGCGGCUACAGCCUGGAGCGACCCUGCAUGAUCUGCGACGGUCUGUGCGGUCAGCUAUGGAAACGCGAUUUCACCAUGAGCCACGCCUGCGGUAAGGCUCGUUGGCAAGGCGUCUGCACCAAGUUCCCCCCGGCGACCCAGAUGAUCCAGCUGCAAUCGGCACCCCUGAGCAGUUGUGCCAGCUUCAGUAGUCACCACCAGCUAAUGCAGACGGCUGCUUCGGCGGCGGCAGCCCCAACCGGUUGCCACCAGAACGCCAGCCAGCAGUUCCUGCAGCAGGAGCUGUGCGCGCGGUUGGAGAAACUUUCCGCGACGGCCCACAAUUGAGAACGUCUGCCCCAAGGCACGACGGCCGUCGUGUGGAAGUCUUCCUCUUAAGUCGCGCAACACUAGUGUUAGGAGUUUGAUUGUCGUUUUCUUUGUAAAUGUACAUUGAAUGAUUUCCAACUUAGCUACUACAGGUAUACUCUAGGGCUUAAUCCGGUAACAAAUGCCGUUGUGUUUCGGUUAACGGUUACAUUUACAUUUCGGUUCUAGCAGUUGAAUAAGUUCCUAUUACGUCGAGUCACAAAAUUUAGAACCGAUUCAAUCCUCACAAUAAGCAAAUUAACAAAAAACGAACAAAAACUGUUCUUGUGUUGCAUUUACAGACUGGGCUAUUAUCAAAGAAUUAGAAAUUUACAUUUUCAUCAAACCUAAAAAAAUGGUACAUUACGGUCCUUAAGCAAAACAAACACAGAUCUGAUGAUGAAGAUGAGGUUGAGGUUCAACGAUACCAAUAGUUUCGUCGAUCAGUACAUCAAUCUGCAUACGUGAGCAAAAAAAGUCUCUAUAUUUAUUACCCCAUAUUAAAAUGAUUUCCUAGAAAAGAAAAUCAGAACAAUAAAACCCAAAAUAAGAGUUACUUUAUUUGAUAUGUAGUAGUCAUGUGUCUUUUUGAGCUAGAAAUUGUAUGUUUUUCUGUGAAAAACAUUUACCGUGUAGCUGUUAGUGGAUAACUAAAUUUACGAUUAACA